GUUGUGCCGAAUGAAGAUUUCCUAGGAGGUUGGUGGAGCGAGAUCACCAAAAGGUUUCCCUGGCUCGAACAGUGCCCGUACCCCAGUAAGCCCGCGCAAGCCCUUAUCACCUGCAUGAAGACUGAGACAAUGAAAGUCAUCAAGCAAGUCUUGGAAACCAAGCAGUUCCCCAAUUUCUUUGAGAUGAUCGGGUUCAAUGAUCUGGCGAAGUUGGCAAUGGCGUGGGAAAGCGAUCCGACGGGGUUCCAUGGGGAGGUGAGGAAAUGUCGAGCACGGGCAUACACGGCGCAGAUGAAGUACUGUGGCAAAUCGGUUAAUCCAUUUGCCCCCAGUGAUCUCGCCUUCCCCCUGAUGAGCUACGUGGACCCGGACAAGUGCGGCGACUCCACUCCGGUCAUGUGGCACAAGGCCAUUAAACAGCCGCCAACACUUGACCUCAGGAAUUUACAAAAAGUAUGGAGCGCGGGCAGACCUUACCUCAAGUGCAGCUGCAAGCAAGGUGAGGAAGACAAGGACUGCCCCGGCGGUCCCUUGUGGCUUGACCAUGCCAUUUGGUACCUCUUGGCACAUCCGGACGUCCUGUUCCCCACGAUGUCAUCCAUAAAGGUAAGAACAUCGAUGUUGGUCCAUUACCUCAGAAACACGUGGCAGGAGGCCGUGAUCGGUUGCAUUACCUUCUUGUUCGUAAGGGAGAUCAUGAUGAACUUCAUCGAAGCAAUGGAGCAUGAUCCGCAGCAUACGGCUGAGUCAGUCAUCAGAGAUGAGAGGCUAUGGAGGCAUCAGCUCCCGCCAGCACUUGUGAGAUUGCUUCUUCCGAGGAGGAUACCUGACAGACCAAGGAAAGUGGUCCAAGCUCCCAGGAACAGGAACCCUAUCGCCCUGAUUCCUGGCCAGGGUAGGCUCAACUUUCAAGCUACGAACAGAGGCAACGAGGCGGCAGCACCAGCAGCUGCUCCAGCGCAGCCCCCGGCCCAGGAAGCAGAUCGGGUCGUGCAGCAUGCUGAGCAGCGGCAACAACAACCUAUCCAACAGCAGGCGCAGCAGCUGAGGGCAGCCGGAUCGCCAGCGGCAACAGCAGAGAACAGCGGUCGCAGCACCACGAACCAUGCGCAGGCAGCGGCACAACCACUAGACGUCGGCACUGCCAUGCGGGGGAUCACGCUUAGUGAGCCUCUACGACCAGCGUCACAGCAGAGCAGCCAGCCACCGAUCCUCGCCACUCCAGUCUCUGCGCAACCAUUGGCAAAGCGCUACCCACAGACCCGCGGGAAGAGGAGAUCACCUGAAGAAGUCUCAGAGAUUGACUCGGUACACUCCCACCUCAGCAAGAAGCGCAAGCGGAGGAACGCCUGCAAUGGAGGAAUCCGAAUACUGACACCUUGACAGAGUAGCAGGAUCAUCACUAGUGGCCACGACGCACCCCCCCUCCCGCCCUCUCCCUCUCCCACCACCCCCUUACUCCCUGCGGCGAAAGUGCUGCUUACUGAUGUAUGCGGAGGAAGCACGUGCGCAUUCUUUUGGGCUGUUCAUCUCUAUAUGGAUGAAUAAAUAAAUAAAUGAAUGCAGAAACAUCUGUAUACUCCGCUUUGACUCUGAACUCCUACACCCGGAUACGAUGUAUCUGGGCAUCACGUAGGUAUCCAGCCGUGCUCACUACCUGCUGUCGAAUUUUUGGUGUGCUGAAAUAAUCCUCUUUCUCUCUUUCUCUCUUUCUCCCUUCCCCCUUACCCCACUCUUCCCCCCUGAGAAAGUGCAUCAAGGAGGAGUUGUGCUUUGUAGUCUUUGAUCUCUCAGCCCAUGCGUGGUGCUGAUCGACGUCUCGACUGUAAUCGUCCUUGU